AUGUACGCCAUGGUGCUUUCUGACCUUACAGAAAUUGAAAACAAGCUGUCUCAGUGCCAUCGUUAUGACUCGGUCAAAUUUUACGAGCGAACUGCAGAGGAGAUGAGAUCAAGCCGAAAGUACUGGACUCCGUGGCUGAAGCUGCAAUUCACUUACCAUUGCAUUUUGACUGUUCUGAACCAUCCUUUUCUCUAUAUUGUGGCAUCACAAUACAAUGACAAUCUGGCAAUCCCGAACGCUUUCUGGAGACGGUCAUCCGAGUUGGUCUUGCUACACGCUACCUGGCUAGUCCGCAUGAUAGACAUGGUAUCGGAGAAGAAGAUGCGCCUGAUCGAUCCAUUCUUCGGACACGCGGCCGCCAUUGCAGCUACAGUGCAUCUGUACUACUGCUGUGCUGCAGAUCCACGACUCAAGUACAAAUCCAAAGUUGAUUUCACAAAAUGCCGAAGGUUCUUGAAGAGCUUUGUGUCUUUUUCGACUGCUUGUGGAAUCUUGGAUCAAACGCUAGACAAGAUGACUCGAAUUGCUUCCGGUUCAGAAGACAUAGAUCAUGAAUGGGAACCUGAGAAGAUUCAUCUCAGCAUACCUUUAAUGUGGGAUGUUCUUCAAGUCAACUGUAAACCCAAGCCACACGGAGUGUCCACGGGCGGCUUACUACAUCCAUCAUUGACUCCAACCGUCUCUACAGAGGAGGCGAAGGAUAGUCCAGCCUUGACUCUAGAGGUCAUUGUUGCAAUGUCCCCAAACAUUACAGUUAACACUGCGGAUGGUGGUCAAGCUGCCCACAUUCCACCAACCAAGCCGCAUACAUCUUCCACCUCAGCUUCUUCUGACCUCGACCUUGGUGAGAAACUUGUUGCGCCAGCCGACAGUUUAAUGACCAAUACCCCCUGGCUAUGGACAGAUCCCUCGCAAUUUGUUGAUUUGGAAAACAAUGUGGGAUACCUAGAUUCCGAAUCCACUCUUGGAAGCAUUGACGGAUUUUCCACAUGGUGGGAUUUUGGAAACCUAUAG